AUGGCGGCUUCUUCUUCUUCUGGUAUGGGAUCGAGGUCAACACGGCCUCAAGUGUUCAUCAAUUUUCGGGGAGAAGAGCUGCGCAGAGGCUUCAUCGGCUUCCUUGAGCCUGCCUUGAAAAACGAAAAUAUAAACGUUUUCAUAGACGAGCUGGAGCUGAGAGGCAGGGAUCUACAGAACCUGUUCGUGAGGAUCGAAGAAUCCAAAAUCGCUCUGGUGAUCUUCUCCAGGGAUUACACCAGUUCAGAAUGGUGUUUGGACGAGUUGGCGAAGAUCAAAGAAUGUGCGGAUCAAGGCAAUCUUGAUGUGAUUCCCAUAUUCUACAAGGUGGAACCUUCUGUUGUGAAACAUCUUCAAGCUAUUUUAUCAUGUGUAACGUAUAACAGCGAUAGGUCGGAGAACCAAUUCAUUCGGUCAAUUAUAGAGGAGGUUCAGAGAGUGUUGGCGAAUAUCCCCAUUAGAGGAGAAGAAAAGCGUCAAGGAGUUUUCAUUGUCCCUGCAAGGAAACUCGACAUCACUCAUGCCGAGGAUCCUGUAAAAUGGACGUGGAGUUCUAUUUACGACUCAUUUACAGAAACAAACAUUGAAGUUGCGACAUUGAUUAAAGUUUACUGGCUACAAAUAACCGGAAAUUUCCACACGCGAAAUCUAACACCGGGGACAAAGUACGAGGUAGUUUUCUUGAUGAGCUUGGAGGAAUCAGCAUUUGGAUGGGAGGAGCCAGUGACCUUGAAACUAAAGUUGACCGCGCGAGAUGGAACUGAGAGUCUCCAGGAGCGGAUUUUGCGGUUGGACGACUAUAUAGGCGAAAAUUGGGUGGAUAUUCAAGUCGGAGAAUUUGAGGUCCCGCCAAAGAAUGAUGCCGCAAAGAUGUUUUUCUCUUUGCAUCAGUACGUGACUGAUGACCGGAAGAAUGGGCUCAUCGUCAAAGGUGCUGCAAUUCGUCCCAUGGACCAAGUUAAUACAUAA